CUGCAAUGCAAAUGUUAAUAGGCGUAUGCUAAUUUUAAUAAUAAUGACUUUCCCCUGACGUUACAUGGUUGUAUUUUCACUCCAUAUAAGGUUAUUAUGGAAGUAUGCAUAGUAAACAUUGAGAAGGCAUUUACAUCAUUUCAGCUUCUUGCAACAAAGAGCUUGCAAUGUACCUAUCAGUCGUAUUCAACGGUUGCAAUGUAUAAAGUCUUGUUGGGUUAAGCUACAAUCUUGAUGGAUUUUUCAAAUGUAUCAACACUUUUUCUGGUUGAACUAUGGGAAGCAAAACUAAAGAAACUAAAGCAUGGAAUUGGCAAAUGUCCGUGCAGGAAGGAUCAACAUGGUAACAUUUUUUUUAUGGUUCAAUAUUGGGAACACAGAGAUGCAAAGCAGAAAACUAGUCGAAAGCCUUGUUCCAAAGUUGUGAGGCCACCAUCACCCAACUUUAGUACAUCAGCAUCAAGUGUUGGUGCAAAGCAAGUCAACUACACUGUAGCUUCGUCCCAGAACCUACGUCCAUCAUCACCACCCCAUCGCAGAAAGACUCCAUCAAGUUCUCCAUCUGGAUCACCUGGACCAAGCACACCAAGAAGUGCUUCCCCAACACUUUUAUUUGAUGUACAACAAAUGGCAACUGAAAACCAGCAUAGAGUUGAAAAAGCAAUGAAAGUUAGACUAUAUCUGUUACAGCAAACUGGACCAAACUCAUUUCUUAUUGGGGGAGACUCGCCAAGUCAUAAGUUUCGUGUUAUGAUUGGUCCUCAGACAUGCAGUUGUAGCAAAGGUCCAUUCUGUGUUCAUUUGCUGUUUGUUAUGUUACGAGUAUUCAAAUUGAAGGAUAAUGAUCCACUUCUAUGGGAGAAACAGCUUAAAAAUUAUGAGGUUGAAAUGCUGUUCCAUAAGUUUCAUGCCUCAGUCAGCUCAAGAAUAGGAAGUAAAACGAAAUCAGUUACUAAAAGUAAACAGACUCCUCGUCGUGGUGUGACAGAUUCACAUGUUCAACAUGGGUCAGCGGGAAGUGGAUUGGCAGGGUCAUCUCCAAGAAGUGAUGAAUUUGAAGUUCAGUGUCCAAUAUGUUUGUUGGAAAUGGUAGAUGGAGAAAGUCUGACUAUCUGUGAUGGUUGUAGCAAUACCCUUCAUCAACACUGUAUGGCAAUUUGGGCUGCUGAAUGUAAGAGGCAGAAAGAGGCUCUGGUUUGUCCUUUAUGUCGCAAAAUUUGGGCUAAUAAAACAAAGAAUGUGGGAAAAAAUGAAGAAACCAGACCAAGUGUAGUGGAACCUGAUUUACCAUCUACAACAAGUCAAGUUGAUGCCAUCCCUCUUGACAAUGAAUCAAUAUUACCACAUUGUGAUCCAAUACCAUCUGAACACAUUGAACAUUCCAAACCAUGGGUUGAGAUGUUUGGUGAAGACUUAGUUUGCUGUUUGUACUCCAAAGAAUGGAACUAUCGGGAAAAAGGAUUACAACAUCUUUGCAAAGAAAUGAAAAGUAUUUUAACAAAUGAGAACUCAAGUUUAUUUACAGAAAGACUUUUAUCAAGUUGUUGUAAGAUCAUUGCAAUGAUGUGUGCAGAUCCAGUGUAUCCUGUUUAUGUUCAUGCUGUGCGAGCACUACGGGUUCUAUUAGCGUACAUGUCGUGCCGGUCAACUGCAGAGAAGGGGGUGUUGCAAAGGGAACUUUCACCUGUAUUGGAAGCGAUUAUCAUGAAGUGCGCUGAUUCGAAUCGGAGGGUUAGUUCAUUGUCAACAAAGACUCUCGUUGAGUUGUGUAAAGACGAGAGCGGGGACAUGGCAUUGGGUGCAGCUUUAUCGUCUUCUGCAGAGGGCAAUCAAAGUCUUGGUGGAAUAAACUAUGUUUUAUCAAGAACAGUUGUUCGCUCACCCGAGAAUGUUACGUGGCCUUGGUGGCUUGGUCGUCUGUAUCUUUUAGUUAAACUUUUAGAAGAAUCUCCGGAUUAUUUUCGAAUUGAAACCGAAACUGUAGAUUACAAGAAGGUUUCUAUGAGUAUAAGACUUCCUUCAUCGCCUAAUAGAUUACCAGAGAACACCAACCAGUGGGAGAAUAACUUCUCCCGUCUUAUGUUCAUAGUUCAUUUUGCCAUUAAAGCCACAAGCUGUCCGCAUAGUAAAGGAAACAAAAUAGCUUUGAGAAUUUUGACAAGAUGUCUCAAGUUGGCUUCAAAAGUUCAUAGUGCUUUUAUAGAAGUGAAGACCUGUUUGAGUGAGUUGAAAAAAAGUGAUAGAAAUGCUUUGCAAAGACAGCUUAAGCACAGACAGGCACCACAGAGAGGUGUGUCUGUAGAUUCAGCUUACUGCAGUGGCAGUGCUGAGAACACUCAAAAUCUACCAGAGACGUCAGCUCACACCGUCAGUCUGUCAGAUGGUGAUGGUAAUUCCCUUGAUGGUAUUCCAGACUUAAGCAAUGAUGACGUUGAUAUUCAAAUGUCAGAGUUGGAAAACUUUCGUUCACUUGUUGAAUUGGAUGAUAGUAGCGAUCGUUCAUUUCCAUUGACGCCUCCAGGGUCACCAGGUCAAGACGAAGAUAAAAGACAGAAUGCAUUAUCACCGAGUCUACCUCCUAUAGACGUGCCACUUACCACGACGAAAUGUCAAAAGAAGAUCGAAGAAGAGGAGGCGGAAGCUUUAGCGAUCGCAAUUGAGGCAUCAACUCUGCAACCGUUGGUUCCGCCUCCAAUCGAGAAACUUGUUGCUGACGAUAGCGAGGAGAUUGUUGUUCGAGUACAGCCUGAGAAGGGUGAUGAAGCGGAUGGAAAAGACAGUAAUGAUAAACAUGUGUACUUAGAGGGUGUUCAUUGGACAAAGACGGAAUUAUUGGGAACUGGCGCGUUUUCAUCUUGUUAUGCCGCCCGUGAUAAAAGCCGUGGAACUCUAAUGGCAGUUAAACAGGUUUCAUUCUGUCGAAAUUCCUCAGACGAACAACAGAAAGUUACAGAUACAAUAAUGGAGGAGAUAUCGAUCAUGUCAAAAGUCCAGCAUCCAAACCUGACAACAUGUCUUGGUGUUACUCGCCAUGCUGGGCACUUCAAUAUUUUCUUAGAAUGGAUGGCAGGUGGAUCCCUAGCCAAACUGCUAUCAACUCAUGGGCCUUUAGAAGAAAAGGUUGCCGUAAGCUAUACUCAGCAAAUAACCCGAGGAGUGGCUUACCUUCAUGAACAUCAUGUUAUACAUCGGGAUAUAAAAGGGGCCAACAUUUUACUUGAUUCUACUGGUCAUGUGGUUAAAGUGGCAGAUUUUGGAGCUGUCGCUCGGCUGAAAACUGAGAAGACAUUUUCUGGAGAAUUCCAAGGCCAGUUGCUAGGAACGAUUGCAUUUAUGGCCCCAGAAGUGUUACGAGGUGAAAGUUACGGUCGUAAAUGUGACGUAUGGAGUAUUGGUUGUGUUGUGAUUGAAAUGAUGACUGGUAAACCACCGUGGAAUGCUAACCAACAUUCCAACCAUCUCGCCUUGAUUUUCAAGAUUGCUUGCUCAAGAGGACCACCAGACAUUCCUGAUGGAGUUAAUCCAGGUUUCCGAGACCUGAUAUUAAGAUGUUUAGAUACAAAUCCUCAAGAGCGCUCUGCAGCUGUUGAACUUUUGAAGCAUCCUGUCUUCACGAGAGUCUGCAGAUGAAAUAAUGCAUAAUAUCUUAUAGCAUCACGGCCUAGAAGGUCAUGUCAACCAGUUCACUGACUGUGUCAAACUGUUGAAGGUAAACCUGAACUUUGUGACUUUUGAAUCAUAGGCACUUUUCUUGGACUUUGGUAAUUUAAAAAGAAGGAAAACGUUCGUUCGAUGGGGAGGCAAGGCGGUUUUCGUGAAAGGGAAAUUCUAUAGUGACGGACACUAGAAAGUAUUUAAAAAACUUCGGAGAGGGCCACUCGCCUUUGCUUUUGUGAAGACAAAAAGAAGCAGCUGCCUUUGCUACCCCCGUAGUUUUGCGUUUGUUACCCGCGUCCCUGGUUAAAAACGAAACAUUAUAGACAUUUUUAAAUCGAUCUACGGUACAACCUUCAUUCUUUCAUUAACUCAUUCAAAAACGCAAAAUCAUUUUCUUGAUACUUAACACGCAAUCUUUCACCUUAACUGUUUAAAUCUUUCUCAAACAAGGCCUGAUUCAUACGCUGUAUUUCAACAUCCCGCAAUCCAGGCUUUCCUGGUAUUGAAAAAUGCGCAUAUUGGGUUUUGGCUAGCCAUGGAUAAUAAAGCGAAUUAAUCUUAUCCAUUUGUUCAUUUGUUUCAACCACUUUAAUAGUCUAGCCGAAGAUGAACAAUUUUUGAUUUCGUUACAAUAUGGUUGUGCUAUAAUACCUCUCAAAGAGAGUUUAUGACCUUUAUUUAUUUUGUCUUUGGAAGAAACUUUUUACCUAUGAUA